UAUCUAAUACUUCAAUAUACAAAAAAUAUUCUGCAACAUGAAGAAAUCUAUGGAAAAACUGUCUUCAGAUAAAUCGCUUUCUGAGGCCGAUGUUUUGUUUUCAUUUAAGCGUUAUUUUAUUAACAAUGUCGAUUCAUAUCAUGGCGAAAGUAUAUUAAAGGAAGUAUCUAAAAUAUUAGAGAAAAAUGCAACAGAGUCUGUCAAACAGUCUUCGCAGACAAUGGUGCUUGGUGAAGAUGCAGUAGAUAUGGGUCCGGCCCCGCCACCAGAACAACCAUAUGAAAUUUUCGGUACCGUCACCGAUUCUAAAAUAAAAUCUAUUGACAACGUUGCUCGGAUAGUGCCUAAGGCAGAGUGUUUGUCGUCCAUGUUGACAUGUGGAACGCUUGUUUUGGACAUAAGCUAUGAUAGAAACGAGCUAUCGACAGUCUUGGACUAUUUAAAACUUUUAAAGGAUUUAUUAGAGAAACAGUCUGGCCAAAUAGUAUCUACAGAUGACGAUGGUGGGGCAGGCGAGUCUAAGAAACGAUAUCUCAUACUCGUAUCUACUGUUAUGACUUGGGGUGUUACAAAACCACUCGACCCGGAGACCCCUGACAUGCCGUUUAUCGAGUCAGACUUUAGAAAACGGAAGCCACAUCCAAGUUAUAAGAUGCACUAUGAUGUCGAAAACGAAGUUGUGUCAAUCGCUAGAAAAUAUAGGACGCAUAUUGGUGCUAUUGUUAUCGGAGCUGGCUUGACGUAUGGCGGUACGGAGGAUGUGCUUUUCUAUUGGUUUCAAAAGGCUUGGGAGUGCGAACCGUUUUUACCGAUACUGGGACGAGGCUAUAACGUAAUACCUCUCAUCAAUGUACUGGAUUUAGCUCAAAUAAUUUAUAACCUGAUAAGUGAUUUUCCAAAGAAGUUAUAUAUGUUGGCUGUUGAACAAAACGUUACUAAACAAAGAGAGAUAAUAAAACCUUUGGGCCGAAUAGUUGGAUCGGGCAUGUUUAAAUGUAUUCCACCGGAAGACGCCUUUCUGAUACCGGAAAUUGACCAACGGAUAUAUGACUUGAUGACGCUCAAUUUGAAUAUGGAACCCACGUUCGUUGUUGAAACAAUGGCCUUGCAAUGGACCUCGGAGAUGAGCUUCGGCGAGAAUGUGCCUGCGCUCAUCAAACAGUUUAAAAAGGAGAGAGGGCUCAAACCUUUUAAGGUGAUCGUUUACGGGCCUCCUAUUAUAGGAAAAACUACGUUGUCGAAACUUAUAUGUGAAGCUUAUGGAUUGAUCUAUAUUUCACCAGACACGGUGGUGGACGAUAUAAUAAAUGACUUGACAUGGCGUAUAAAACACUGGGAAAGUGGGGAAACGGCUGGUCUGCCAAUGCCCACUGGUGAAGAGGAAGAUGCUACACCGCCUGAUGAUGAAGACGAUGGCGGUGAAGAGGAAGCGAUUCAGGAGAAUGCUCGUCAAACACUUGCUAUGCUGCAGUCAGGUCGAGCCCUCACCGAUGAGGAAUUACUAGGAUAUUUGCGUCAAAGAAUGCUUAACCGCGAAGCCAUUAACAGAGGCUGGGUUCUCGAUGGAUUUCCAACAACGAUAACACAGUGCUCAAUGCUGUUUGACAAGGGUGACGAGCAAGAUUCUGAAGCUGGUGAGGAAACAGAGGAAGAGCCGUUUGAUGAGGAUCUGGAUUUAUUCAGCAAUAUACUGAAAAAGCUAUUGCCAGAUAUCGUAGUGUCGUUAGAAGCAAGUGACGACUUUAUCUGUGAUAAGGCCAUGCGCCAACCGGACUGUGACUCACGGCUAGACGAGGAGACCGUCUUGAAACGACUCAGUGAAUUCAGGCUUAAUGACGGUCGUGACGUCACUCCUCUGAACUUCUUUGAUGAGCUUGAUAUACAUCCGUUGGUGGUUCCCGUAAAGGAACAUUCAGAUUACGGUAUGAAGGGGACGUAUGCGGCGGUCGCUUUGAGAAUGGGACGGCCUUGCCGGUAUGGGAAGCUUAUUGCUUUGAUCGAAGCCGCUGAAAAGAAAGAGAAGAUCGAAUGUGAGACCCUUCGAUCUCAGGAGGCAAAGGCUUUGAAGGAGCUCGAAAAGAAAUUGCAAGAAGAACAUGAAGACAAAAUGGAGUAUUGGUCGGAGUUAUACAUCCUGAUGCAAGAAGAAGAAGAGGCAGCAUUGGCUGCAGCCAGCGAACCCAUGCGCAAUUAUCUCAUCAACCAUAUUUUUCCUACCCUCACUCCUGCCUUACUCGAAGUCGCCAAACUGAGACCUGAUGAUCCUAUUGAUUUCUUGGCAGAGUAUUUAUUCAAGUUGAACCCAACUGGCAAGAUGUUAGAGCCAGGUUACAAUUUACAAGCCGAGAAGUUACUUGGCAAGAUUAAGAUCUUGGACGAUGCGUUGAAAGAUCUAGAUAUCAACAUAGAUCCAUUACUUCCGCCGGAAGCCGCUGUCGACGAUACAAAAACUAAGAAUAUAAACAGUAUGAGUGCUUUGUAAGAAAUGAGAAAAUAUACUGAA